AUGGAUAAUAAUUUAAGAAAUUAAAAAGAAGCUUACUUGUAGGAAGAGAUUUUAGAUAAAGGAAUUGAUCCUAAUCACUUUCAAGAGUUUUGUGAGAAAAUAAAAGGAGAAGGUAUUGAAUCAAUAUAUAAUAAGAGAGUGACAUAGACAAAUGGACUUUUGAAGAUAUUGUGUAGUUAGUCAAUCAAUAUAAGAUUGAAUUUUUUACAACUGAUUUUAAUUAGCCAAUAGAUGAUAUGAAUGUAGGAUGGAAUGUUUUUGAUUAAGUUAUUCCAUAAAUAGAAACAAAAAAUGAUCCCUAGAUGUGGAACUUAUUAGAUUUGGAUUAUGGAGGGUAAUCCCCUAUAAAAAGUCAAUAUGAGGAUUAAAAAAAUGAAUAAACUUUGUAAUAAACUCAAAAACAAAUUUAGUAAAUUCAUCAACUAUAAUCAUCUGAAAUUAAUUAAAGAGGUUCAGAUAAACUAGAUCUUAUCAAAAUAGGAAAACCAUUGGCAAUAUCACCAACUGCUUUAAAACUAUAAGAAAUACAAUAAUAAAUGCCUAAAAAGGAAGCCCCUGAAAUUUACUCAUUUUCUUAGUGUUCAAAAUUAUAAUGUAAAAAAUUAGGAUUUAAUAUAUUCGCUUAAGGUGUACCAUCUAUAAAAAUAACUGGGUAUUCAAAUAAAUUUAAUUUAGUUUUGAAAAGAAAACAGGAGGACUUUUUAAAAGUGAUUUUGUUGUAUAUAGUGUUAAAACAGGAGAUGAAUAUACUGUGUAAAGAAGAUAUUCAGAUUUUUAAUGGUUAUAAUAAACUCUUCUUAAAUUAUUCCCAGGAGUUGGUAUACCAAGCCUUUCAGAAAAAACAGCUAAAAAAAAUUCAAAAAAUACAGUUCAAAAAAGAACUAUAAUGUUAGAAUUUUUUUUGAAUGAAUUAGCAAAGAGUGAACUUUUUAGAAAUAGUAAAUAUUUUGUAGAUUUUCUUCGUUUAAGUGAUCCAGCUUAAUUUAAAUAAUUACUGAAGUUUGGAGAAAAACUAAGUAAACCUAAUAAAUUUGAAAGUCUUCUAAAUAUGACUGGAACUGUUGUAUUUGUACCAGAUAUUAAAUUGAAUAAUUUCGAAACAUUCAUUUAAUAAGAGGAGCCAAUUUAUUAAAAAAUUAAAAAUCUUUUUAAAGUAAUAACAAAUCAUUUAUCAGCUGUAUCUAAACUUAUUAAAGAUAUUGAAGAUUCAUUGUAAACUUUAACUACUUUAUGUUAAAAAUAUGAAAUUAAUUAAGAUUAUGAUCCUUUAUAAGAAAUGGCCAAAAAAUUAGAAGAAUAAAUAACAAAGUGCAGUUCAAAUUAAUACAAUAGAAUGUAUAAUAUGUUUCGAUAUUAAACUUAAAAUUUUGCUUAAAUAAAAAAUAUUCUAAAGUAAAGAAAUGAAUUAUAGACUGAAUUUUCUAAUAGAAAAGAUUUUAAGGUAGAAUAAAUAAACGAACUCUAUAGUUCAAGAGAAAAUGCGAAAUAGAUUGAUGAAUUAGAAUUUCCAGCAAAAGUUAAAUAAUUUAUAAUAAUUAGAGUUCUAAGCUUUUGGCUUAUCAAUUAGGUUAUAUGAAUUGGAGAACUAUUGAGGAAAUUAAGACUUUCUUAGAGCAUCGAUAAAUUGGAUUUAAAACAUUUUCAUAAGAAGUGUUAAAUUGA